AUGGACACCUCGCGCCAUCUGGUCCCGCUUGGGCUUCUCUUCCAGCUCGUGCUGAUAUGCUUGGUUCAGCAUGCUAAAGCUGCGCAUGACGUGGAUCGGAGGGCAUGGGUGGAAACUUUGGGCUGGAACUCGACCACCUACGAAGCUGCAGGUGCCUAUGCCGUCCAGACGGCGGAUUUGGAUGGCGAUGGUUACCCAGACAUAGUCGUGGCCCAAUACGCCUCAGACCGUCUCGCUUGGGCCCGCAAUGAUGGACGCGGUAACUUUGGUCCGACCUUGACCAUCGACGCUGGAGCCAAUGUCCUUGAUGCCCGGGCUUUGGCCAUUGCUGAUCUGGACGCGGAUGGACACAUUGAUGUGCUGCUUGGCAGCGAAGGCACGGACCAAGUCGCUUGGUACCGCAACGAGGGGCCCACGCGCAACACCAGCUUCACCGGCCCCUAUCUCGUCUCGGCCAUUGAAACAAAAGAUCCCCUGGCCAUGGCUGCCGGUGACCUCUCGGGCAAUGGGUUCAUGGACGUUGUCUGCGCCACCAACGUGUAUCGUGGUGGCUUCAUCGCAUACUUCUUGAACCGCGGUCGUGGGCAGUUUCUGGCGCGCACAAUUCUCGCUGACGGUGUGCAAGUCUCCCAGAUUCGCAACAUCCAGCUUGGGGACUUGGACCUAGAUGGUGACCUCGACAUUAUUGCCGGUAGCUACUAUACGGAUCACCUGUUUUGGUUCAUGAACUUGGGCGACGGCACCUUUUCUGAGAUCAUUUCAAUUUCCCACUCCGCCCCCGGCCCAGAAUCCAUCGCUCUGGGGGAUUUUGAUGGCGACGGAGAUAUUGAUGUUGCCGUCUCCAUGAUAUACAAUGGGUAUUUGACUUGGUUCCGGAACACGCUUGAUACUGAUCCCACCCUGGACGCACAGAGCUCGUUUCCAGCCCUCGACCUGCUCGGCAACUGGGACGUGGAUGGCAACGACAUUCCCGACAUUGUUGCCCGCCGUUCCGACUCGUCACUCGUGUGGUUCUUCAACAGCGAUCUCACCGAGCCCCGCGCUUGGGAUGCCCAAGACUUUGGCACUUCCGAGCUGCUUGUGGGGGCCGCCGACUUUGACAGCGAUGGCCACCCUGAUCUGCUGGCAAGCGGCGGGUCUGCACGGGCCGGUGCCUGGGUUUCACGCAACGCCGCCUACGCGGUGACACGUGGCGGUGCACUGGCGGCUCUAGCCACGGGUGAUCUGGAUGGUGAUGGCCGCGAUGAUCUGGUCACUGCAGAGGGCCUCGAAGGACGCCUUGAUUGGUACCGCAGCUUGGGCGAUGGUCGCUUCUCCCCGAGGGGCAUGCAGAAUCCCAAUGCAACCGUGGAUGACCUUUGGCCUCGUGCAACCGCCGCUGUUGUCGUCGUCGACAUGGAUAACGACGGCGAUCUGGACGUCCUUGCGGCCAAUAACAUUGACAAUGUGGUUGUCUGGUAUCCCAACCAGGGCGGCGGUGCGCUCUCGGAGGCUCGCCGAGUCGCGAGUACCACCACUCAAGUCGUGCAUCUCUCCACGUUUGAUGCCAAUGGGGAUGGUGCCUUGGACGUGCUUGUGCUCGAUGCUGGCAGGGGCUCCAUGUCCUGGCAUCGCAGCGAUGGACUGGGUUCCUUUUUUCCACUACCAUACAGCCUGGGCACCAAUCUCACGGGCCUGAAGAUGGCCUGCGUUGGUGACUUGGACGGUGAUGGGUUUACCGAUGUCAUCGCCAAUGUUGUACACGCAAAGCGGCUAGGCUGGUUUCGCAAUGCCGGUGACGGUACCUUCUCGGUGUCCAACGCCACUCUACUUCCAGGCCAGCUGCCACCUGUGGAUGUGCUGGCCCUGGGCGACUUGGAUGGCGAUGGCCACCUAGACGUGGUUGUGGGAACGGCGGCCACCAGCACCAUUCUUUGGUAUCCAAACAUGGGCAAUGGGACCUUUACUGCGGCUCGUGUUCUGACUCAAACUGCGAGCGGCGUGCAUCAGCUACUGCUGGGGGAUAUUGAUGCAGACGACGACGUUGAUGUGAUCGCGUACCUUCACGGUGCCAAGGAACUCGUCGUGCUGCCAAACAGAGGCCAGGGCCUUUUCGAUCCCGCCGUGGUGCUGUCUCGGGCGCAACACGACAUUGUCGCCCUCGUCUUGGGGAGUGAGACUUCAGCCGGGGUCAAUUCCAUCUUUGCCGCGUCCUACAGCCAAGGCACGGUGUUGCAAUUUGACAAUGCCACAGUGCCUGGCGUCCUUCAUUUGCACCCGGUGGUCGACCACAGUGACACAGCGCUUCUGGCAGCGCCGAUCGAUUUAAACGGAGACGGCGCACCUGAUAUCGUGGGCGCAAGCGUCACAGACGGCACCAUCUUUUGGUAUCGCAAUCAAGAUGGGACGGGCAGCUUCUCCCCCAUGCCCAACGUCAUCGCACCCGCCCUGGGCUCUGCGAGCGUCUCAAUCCUUACCACGGGUGAUCUCAAUGCAGAUGGCUUUCUGGAUGUCGUGGCUGUUGAUGGCGAGUCCGGCACCGUGCGCUGGUAUCAGCACUUGCCCAACGGCACGUUUGCCGCCCAACCCACCGUGCUUGGCGGUCUCAGCAAUAUCAUUGCGCUUGAGCUGGCAGACAUUGACGCGGAUAACGCCACAGAUGUGCUCGCCGCCGUGUCCUCCCGCAGUGGCAGCGGCGCUGAGACAGUGGAUCUGCUGUGGUUGCGCAACCACGGUCCAGGCCAAUUUGAAGCAGAGGCUCGGAUUGUUGCUCGGGGUGUCGCUCAGCAGCUGCAUACUCUAACGGUGGGCGAUAUUGACCGUGAUGGAGCCCUCGAUGUGUUGCCCGCCCGAGGCGAGGGCACGCGACUGGCCUGGUAUCGACAAAGCCCGGAUGGGGUGUUUACGGCGCAUCAUCUGGCUCCCCUGGUUGAGGAAACGCGCGCCUUCUCCGUAAUGAUGAUAGCUGCUUCAGCGCUCGCAGGCAGUCGAGGCUUGGCCGUCAGCGUGGACGACACUGUCAGCUUGUGGUCCAACAAGCAAACCUUUGUUGAGGAGCCCGUUAUCUCAUACAACAUCUUUCCCGCGGGUCUUGCCGCUGCCGACUUCGAUCAAGACGGUGAUCUCGAUCUACUCAACAUGGGUACCACCGGCUUUUGGUAUGAGAACAAUGGCUUUGGAACCUUUUCUCAUCAGCGCGCAGUGACAUCACGAGCAAGUCGAGGUGUGAGCGUGGCAGAUUUUGACCUCAAUGGCCGCCCUGAUGCCGUUUGCGCCGAGCCUGACUUGAAUACCUUCUCCGUCCUUCUGUCCACGCUGUACGUCUGGCUCGAUAACCUCAGAAUGGGUGACAUCAACGACAACUCCCCAGACCACGACCACCUCCGAUCCUCAAACACCAGCCACUCAUGCUGCUGCCUCCGCCAGCCCCUUUUCCACCGAGACAUUGGUUGUUAUCGUUGUUUUGCUAGCAGUCGCAGCAGCCGCCACAGCUGUCUGGCCACGCCCGUCAGCCACAUGGAUGUCUUCCAGCGCCCCGCAGUCGCACUCAAGGUUUUUGAGGGCAUCGAGAUAUUCAACCCUGAAAGUAGCCCCUAUGGUCUUCAAACGCUGCAAAUGAUCAUGGAAGCUCUGUCAGCCGGGAUUCGCCUCAGCCUUGACAACGUGCCCAAGCCGCUGAGACCGUUCAUUCAUGAGUGCUGGCAGGCCAAUCCAACGGCACGCCCAACAGCCGACGCCGCCGCCACGGCAGCCACAGCAGCCAGUCUGGCCCUCCGCAACAGUCACCAAACCAAUGCUACCUUUGACGCCACCACCGCCGCCGCCGCCCUCAUGGCCGACACCAGCGAGAGUGUGCUCUAA